AUGACUACGGCGAGAUUGAAAGCCAACAAAGACCUAAGGUACUCCGAGAAUGUUAAUCCGAAUGAAUCGAGUGCGGAAUUGAAGUUAUUCAAGUCUCCUGCAAUCGCUCAUUCUGAGAAGAGCGGUAAGAAAUCUGCUUCAAAGAAUCCGAAACUGAAUCAAGCGGUUAAGGAUGUACUGUCACCGAAGAAGAAGAUUCGAGAGAGGAAGUUCGUGAUCGUGAAGAAGAAGUUACGGAAUGAGGAAGAGAUUUCUACAGCCAACGCCGCAGCGGUUUGCGAGAAGUGUCAAAAGGCGAUCGGGAAAUCCAAGUGCUUGUGCGUGGCCUAUGAGAAUUUGCGUGCGUCUCAGGAAGAGUUUUUCAAAAACCGCGGCAAUAUACAGGACGAGGUAUUUGAUAAGAUAAACGAGCACGAUCUUGCGUCUGAGAAGGUAGAAUCAGAAGGUAAGAUUAACAGCACAUCUGAAAGGCCAAGAAGUGGAGUUGGUGCGUUAUCUGACAUCAAUGGUGGAAAGACUACGGAUGGAGAUAAGGCGGUGGUGAAUAAUGAUGCAGUUCUCAAGAGGAGCAGAGAUAGGCUCUUGGAAGAAACAAGGAGGAGUGUAUUGGCGCUAACACCGGGGAAGGUAAAGGAUUUGGUGAAAGAAUUUGAGAAACUUUCAAUGCUGAAACAAAGAUGAUUCUAAUGGAUGGAUAUUUUAUCAAAAUCAUUUAUUGUAACACUCCGCAUCGCAAGCCAUGCUAAACCAAAUAUGUCAGGGAUCAUAAACUGGCAUCACAGCCCGUAGGUACGAACGGAAUUCAUUCGCCAUCAUCAAAAUCUUGGGAGGGGCGGGUUUGCCAACCAAAAC